CUCGCCAGGGAUGAAUGGAAGCAUUACAACUUGGACUCGGACUGAAGAAGCCUGGAACAAGGCACGCCGCAUGACCAACGAAUGUGACUGGACGGGGAGAUGGAACGACCGAGGCGAGGAUAAGCGGGCGCAUGUGGGCGAGAGACAACAUGAGCCACAGCCAUUUGAGACCUUUUCGCGAGCGUGCGCGCGCGGGGCUCACCCACGCUUGCUCCCAGCAAGCGCCGAUCCCUGAGAUCCGACGUGACGCACAAGCUGCAACAUCCUGGACGCCCUGCGCGACAAUCCUGCCAAGCUGGUGUGGAGAAGCGCUCCGACACGCCAGCCAGAGAGGGCAGACAGCCCCGCUCCUCGGCCGUGGCCUGCGAAGUGGUCCAGCCACUUCGGGAUCUGCAGCAGCAACAAGCACUGAUGAACCGCAACUGGAUAAUCAAAAUGUUACGGACGCAUGGGUGCCGGAAGCGGUGGGUGGACUGUGGGGCGGUGUUGAGCUGCCCCCAGCACAAACAUCUGGCACCCUUCUGCCAGUGGCCUUCGUCCUUCACCUCCCGCGCGACAUGGCAAGAAGACUGGAAACAUCCAACAACUGCGAGCAGAUGGCACCGUCGGAAGCGUUGUGGGGGUGAACACGCCAUGCCGCAUAGUUGUGGUGGAUACCUCUGCAGCUGCGGGACGAACUAAUACCGAGGGCCAGAACCUGAGUCCUCAAUACCACCCCAAAGCGCUAAUCAGCGACGUCGCCAGAGCCUCCUGGUUCUCCCAGUGCCCGUGUGGAUGUUCUGCUGGGAGCAUUCUUCUUGACGUCUCCCUCCGUCAUCGGCGCCGCGCCCUGCCUUGCACCAGAGAGGCUGCCGCCGCCUCGCGAGGUGAUGAGCCUCUGGUGAGGGUAAACGAUCGGGGGGCGCUGCUCCCGAUGAUCGAGCCCGACCGCGGGCAAAGGCCUACGCCCUCCGCGUUGGUGUGCACGCGCGCCUCACGGGGGCCGCGGCCGCAGCGUGCCCGCCUCGGUGCCAAGGCGCAUCUCUCUCUGGCUGUCGGACAUCCGACCGAGCGACCACGCCGCCGAAAUCUGGUGCCGAUCGCAACAGCAUCUGCUGGGAGGCAACCGUGCAGCUCUGCCAUAGAGCUUGCCCGAGCAAACCAGAUCGGGGUGCGCCCGGUAGGGCAGGCGCUGGUCGUCCCACCUCCCCACGUAUCCCUCUUCACGCCAGACUCGGAGACGAGUUGAUUAGGUUGAGUUGGUGCUGUUGCUUGGUAUUGGGGUAUGGUAUGCCGCUACCUUUGGCUCAAGCCAGGAGUGGCUUCAGGCAAUUUCUGACCAAUGAUUGCUUCACCUCCAACUAAUUUUCUCGGCCUCUGAUCGCGUCGAGGGCAGAGGCAUCCUGUCG